GCCUAGGGAGCCGUGACGAGUACGGAAGCGCUUACGCGCGCCCCUCCGCUCGAGAACUAGUUUUGUUCCGCGUUCUUCAGACAGGAUCGCCUCGGAGAGACCCCCCCGGAAGGGCCAGCCCGACGCCCGCCAGCACCGCAGCAAUGUCCAGCACCAGCUUCACCUACAAUGAGCAGUCCGGAGGAGGGGAGGCGACGGAGCUGGGUCAGGAGGCGACCUCAACCAUUUCCCCCUCGGGCGCCUUCGGCCUCUUCAGCAGCGACUUGAAGAAGAAUGAAGAUCUCAAGCAAAUGUUGGAGAGCAACAGAGAUUCUGCUAAGUUGGAUGCUAUGAAACGGAUUGUUGGGAUGAUUGCAAAAGGGAAAAAUGCAUCUGAACUGUUUCCUGCAGUUGUGAAGAAUGUGGCCAGUAAAAAUAUUGAGAUAAAGAAGUUAGUAUAUGUUUACUUGGUCCGGUAUGCCGAAGAACAGCAGGAUCUCGCACUCUUGUCCAUAAGCACUUUUCAGCGAGCUCUGAAGGACUCAAAUCAACUAAUCCGUGCAAGCGCUCUGAGAGUUCUCUCAAGUAUUAGAGUGCCAAUUAUUGUACCUAUUAUGAUGCUUGCUAUUAAGGAAGCUUCUGCUGAUUUAUCACCGUAUGUUAGGAAGAAUGCAGCCCAUGCUAUACAAAAAUUGUACAGCUUAGAUCCAGAGCAGAAGGAAAUGUUAAUUGAAGUAAUUGAUAAACUUCUGAAGGAUAAGAGCACACUGGUAGCUGGUAGUGUUGUGAUGGCUUUUGAAGAAGUAUGCCCGGAUAGAAUAGAUCUGAUUCACAAGAAUUACCGCAAAUUGUGUAAUUUACUAAUUGAUGUAGAAGAGUGGGGGCAGGUUGUCAUAAUCCACAUGCUAACUCGAUAUGCUCGUACACAGUUUGUCAGUCCUUGGAAAGAGGAUGUUGAUCUAGAAGACAAUGAAAAGAAUUUCUAUGAAUCUGAUGAUGAACAGAAGGAAAAGUCUGGCAAAAAGAAGAAGCCAUAUACUAUGGAUCCAGACCAUAGACUUUUAAUUCGGAAUACGAAGCCUUUGCUUCAGAGCAGGAAUGCAGCGGUGGUUAUGGCAGUUGCUCAGCUGUUUUGGCACAUAUCACCAAAAUCUGAAGCUGGCAUUAUUUCCAAAUCACUAGUGCGUUUACUUCGUAGCAAUAGAGAGGUGCAGUAUAUUGUCCUACAGAAUAUAGCAACAAUGUCAAUUCAAAGAAAGGGUAUGUUUGAACCUUAUCUGAAGAGUUUCUAUGUUAGGUCAACUGAUCCAACUAUGAUCAAGACACUGAAGCUUGAAAUUUUGACAAACUUGGCAAAUGAAGCGAACAUAUCAACUCUUCUUCGAGAAUUUCAGACCUAUGUGAAAAGCCAGGAUAAACAGUUUGCUGCAGCCACUAUUCAAACUAUAGGCAGAUGUGCAACCAACAUCUCAGAAGUCACUGACACAUGCCUCAAUGGCUUGGUAUAUCUGCUGUCCAACAGAGAUGAAAUAGUUGUUGCUGAAAGUGUGGUUGUUAUUAAGAAGUUACUGCAAAUGCAACCUGCACAACAUGGUGAAAUUAUUAAACAUAUGGCUAAACUCUUGGACAGUAUCGCUGUUCCUGUGGCAAGAGCAAGUAUUCUUUGGCUCAUGGGCGAAAACUGUGAACGAGUUCCUAAAAUUGCCCCUGAUGUUUUGAGGAAGAUGGCUAAGAGUUUCACUAGUGAAGAUGAUCUGGUAAAACUGCAGAUUUUAAAUCUGGGAGCAAAAUUGUAUUUAACCAACUCCAAACAGACAAAAUUGCUUACCCAGUACAUAUUAAAUCUCGGCAAGUAUGAUCAAAACUACGACAUCAGAGACCGUACAAGAUUUAUUAGGCAGCUUAUUGUUCCGAAUGAGAAGAGUGGAGCUUUAAGUAAAUAUGCCAAAAAAAUAUUCCUAGCACAAAAACCUGCACCACUGCUUGAGUCUCCUUUUAAAGAUAGGGAUCAUUUCCAGCUUGGCACUUUAUCUCAUACUCUCAACACUAAAGCUACUGGGUACCUGGAAUUAUCUAAUUGGCCAGAGGUGGCGCCGGACCCAUCAGUUCGAAAUGUAGAAGUAAUAGAGUUGGCAAAAGAAUGGAUUCCAGCAGGAAAAGCAAAGAAAGAGAAUCCUGCUGAGAAAUUUUAUUCUGAAUCUGAGGAAGAAGAAGACUCUUCUGAUAGCAGCAGUGAUAGUGAGAGUGAGUCUGGAAGUCAGAGUGGAGAACGAGACGAGGAAGGGGAGAAUAGUGAUGCUGGCAGUGAGGACUCUUCCAGUGAGCCUGAGAGUGAGAGUGGGAGUGGGAGUGAGUCGGGAGGAGAAAAUAGACAAACAGCCGAGAGCAACUCCAGAACCAAAGGAACAAGAGAUUCUGAAGAUGGGAGGAAGGAAAAUAAAAAGCCUAAAACUUCAGAUUCUUCCAGUGAUGAAUCUAGUUCAGUAGAAGAAAGUUCUUCAGGUUCUGAAUCAGAAUCAGAAUCUGAAAAUGAAUCUGAAUCCAGAAAAGUCACUAAGGAGAAAGAAAAGAAAACAAAGCAAGAUAGUAAUGCUCUUACCAAAGACAUUUCACUUCUAGAUCUAGAUGAUUUUAACACAAUAUCCACUCCAGUUGCACUUCCCACACCAGCUCUUUCUCCAAGCUUGAUAGCUGAUCUUGAAGGUUUAAACUUGUCAACUUCUUCAUCAGUCAUCAGUGUCAGUACUCCUGUCUUUGCACCAGUGAAAACUCAUGUGCUGCUUCACCGGAUGAGUGGAAAAGGACUAGCUGCCCACUAUUUCUUUCCAAGACAGCCUUGCAUUUUUGGUGAUACGAUGGUCUCUGUACAAGUAACAUUGAAUAAUACUACUGAUCAAAAGAUAGAAAAUAUCCACAUAAAGGGAAAAAAACUUCCCAUAGGCAUGCAAAUGCAUGUUUUUAAUCUAAUAGAAUCUCUUGAGCCUGAGGGAUCCGUUACUGUUUCAAUGGGUAUUGACUUUUGUGAUUCUACUCAGACUGCCAGUUUCCAGUUGUGUACCAAGGAUGAUUGCUUCAAUGUUAAUAUUCAGCCACCUGUUGGAGAACUGCUUUUACCUGUGGCUAUGUCAGAGAAGGAUUUUAAGAAGGAGCAAGGAAUGCUAACUGGGAUGAAUGAAACUUCUGCUGCAAUCAUUGCUGCACCACAGAAUUUCUCUCCCUCCGUGAUCCUUCAGAAGGUUGUCAGUGUUGCCAACAUAGGUGUAGUUCCUUCUGGCCAAGAUAAUAUACACAGUCAUCCCUGCAAUCAAACCCCCUGCCCCCAAAAAAUGUGUGGUACAUGCUCCAUGUGGAAAAUAGAGGCCUAGGAGGGUACGGUCCUCUUCCUUCACGUCUCUGGGGCUCAACUGUGCAUGCAGAAUGAAUUAACAGGAUUGACAGAAGUUCAUUGUGCCUCCAACGGCUUUUCAGUCAAUCGCAAUGCUUAAAAGGCUAGUUUUGCUUUUAAUUCCUUGUAAUUAGUAGGUUCUUUGUGUCUUGGAAUUUAGUAACGGAGCCUUAGACCUCAAGUUUCCUCUGUUACAUUCUAUAGCAAAAAGAAGAAUCUAAUGUUCUGAACAUAAAAAAAUUAAAGAGGGAGUGUGGUGUUGCACUGGGCUGUCAUGUGAUUUUGUUAUAUGUCAUCACCCACAUUAGAGGAUGAAUCUUAAUAUUUUAACAUGCAUGAAUUCAUUGAAGCUUAAUAAGAGUUUAAUACUGUAUGUAAAAUUAACUUGCAUAAUCAUUUUCAGAUAUGAGGAAUUGAAAUUUCAAGCUCUUUAAGAAUAAUACCUUUUCUUAAAACAUAUUUUAAAAAUAAAGAUAUAGUGGUUUAUUUUAAAAGGCUCUAUGCAUGGUAAAAUGUUAAAUAUCAAAUGAAUGACUGGUUCCCAAAUACAUAGUAAUGGAGAUUAUUUACAUGUAGCUGUUGUUCAAAGUAAUGGUAAAUAGACUUCCUUUUCCUCUUCUUUCCUAAGGAUGCGCUAAAAUUACCUGCUUGUGGUAAGCAUGGUGCUGGACAAUUUAUUGAUUUUUCAGAAUACGUGGUUUGGGGUUUGGGACAGUAGGAGCCUAUAAUAAAUUAUGGAGGAAAAAGAGUUAUUUUAAACCUUUUUAAAUUUAUGCUGUCUCCUUUUUUUCCCCCCUCAUG